UGGAAACAUAACCGUAACGUGUCAAGUUGACGUUGUCAUAUAAUAAGUGUCAACAAAUCGUUUGUUUGGCUGAGAUUGAGUUGCGGUUUUUCGACUCUAGCUGCAAUAAUUGAAAAACUAAAGUAUUACCUACGUAAUUUUAAAAACAAGUACCUGUGACUUACCGUCUUAAUACUAAAGUAAAUAUGGCAAACGAUCCUGAAAGAUUUGAUUCCAUGCUCCUAGCUAUGGCACAACAGCACGAAGGCGGCGUAAAAGAUCUGCUGAACACAAUAGUUAGCUUUUUGUCUAGAAAAACUGACUUUUUCACUGGUGGCCGUGAAGGGGAAUGGGAGCAGGUAGUCAAAGAUACUUUCUACACCCAUGCUAAAAAAGCAUGUGAUGAAGCUAAUAGGAUUAAAAAAGAAAAAGAAGAAGCAGACAAGAGAUUAAAAGAGAUUCAACAAAGAAAAGAACAAGAGAGACUUGCAAAUGAUUUUGAACCUGCUACUGUAACUGAACUCACUGAUCAGGAAGCAGAGAAGUUAAAGGAAGAUAUUGAAAAGGACAAAAAUGAAAAGAAUGCAGAAGUUGGCAGUGGUGAUAGCAGUGAUGUUACUGAGCCUGCAACGCCCGAAGAAGAUGACGAUCCCAAAGAAAAGGGGAAGUUGAAACCUAAUGCUGGAAAUGGAUGUGAUCUGGAGCACUACAAAUGGACACAGACGUUGGAAGAAGUAGAGAUUCGAGUGCCGCUGCGACAGAUUCUGCGGCCACGCGAUCUGACAGUGGUCAUCAAUAAGAAACACCUCAAGGUUGGCAUCAAAGGUCAACCUCUUAUAAUCGACGGCGAGCUAGAUGCCGACGUCAAGAUUGAGGAGUCCACGUGGGUGUUGCAGGAUGGACGCAAUCUACUUAUCAACUUAGAAAAGGUGAACAAAAUGAACUGGUGGGGUCGGCUUGUUACAACGGACCCAGAAAUAUCUACAAGGAAAAUUAAUCCAGAACCAUCGAAGCUGUCGGAUCUUGAUGGUGAAACACGUGGUCUAGUUGAAAAGAUGAUGUACGAUCAGAGACAGAAAGAAAUGGGACUACCUACAAGUGAUGAACAAAAGAAACAAGAAGUACUCAAGAAAUUCAUGGAACAGCAUCCAGAGAUGGACUUCUCCAAAUGCAAAUUCAACUAAAGUCUUAAUAAAUAUAAUUUAAAGUAUACUUAACCACCCGUUACAUUAUAUAUCCAUUGCUGUAGCUGUUUCAACAUAUUCUUUGCGAGUGGAAAUAGUGAUGUACUUUACGUAAAAAGCUAUAAUUACGAAAAAUAACACUUGAAAUACAAAACCAGCUAUAAAUGUAUUACUGCUGUAAUAUUAAACAUUUGUGUUUAAAUAAAUUUUACGUUUAAGCAA